AGAGCGUCAUUUGUCACGUGACUGGAGUAGUGACGGGGAGAGAGCGAGGGGCGGGGUGGUACGCUACGGAAGCCGAGGGGGGUGCAGAGCUGGGCGAUUGCAGUAGCAACAGCAGCAGCGAUGGCUGCGGAUGGCGAACGCUCGCCGCUCCUGCCAGUCGAGUCCGGGGAUGGGGGAGGCCCCGGCGCUGGAGGGCUAGUGGGGCCUGCGGGGAUGGUCUCGGUCUCUGUCUCGAACCCACCGGGGAAGCCGAACCCGCCUCAGGGGUUUCCUUCCUUCGGCGGGGUCAACGAUGGGAGCCAGGCAGCUGUGCUGCCUGGAGAGGAUCCCCCACCCUACUCGCCUAUGGCAUCUCCAGAGAGCGGCAGUGCUCCCAUGAUCACUUGCCGGGUUUGCCAGAGCCCCAUCAAUGUGGAGGGCAAGAUGCACCAGCAUGUCGUGAAAUGCAGUGUCUGCAACGAGGCCACGCCAAUCAAAAAUGCUCCACCUGGUAAGAAGUAUGUGAGAUGCCCCUGCAACUGUCUACUGAUCUGCAAGGUGACAUCGCAGCGUAUCGCCUGUCCUCGGAUAUACUGCAAAAGGAUCAUUAACCUGGGCCCAGUGCAUCCAGGGCCUCUGAGUCCUGAACCACAACCGGUUGGUGUGCGUGUCAACUGUGGUCACUGCAAAAACAAUUUCCUGUGGACAGAGUUCACGGACCGCACCUUAGCACGAUGUCCUCAUUGUCGUAAAGUCUCCUCCAUCGGGCGCCGCUACCCCCGGAAGAGAUGCGUUUGCUGCUUCCUGCUGGGUGUGUUGAUGGCUGUGACAGCGACGGGACUUGCGUUUGGCACGCGGAAACAAGCCCAGCAGUACGGUGGGAUCUACGCCUCCUGGGCUGUGGUUAUUCUCCUGGCCUUGGUGUGCCUUGGCCGAGCCACAUACUGGGCCUGCAUGAGGGUCAGCCACCCUGUCCAGAACUUCUCCUGAGCUUCUCCUCCAUUUCCAGCUGCUGCUUUCAACACGUCAUCUGCCAAGAGCCAGCCCUGCCUGCCCUCAUUUAUUGUUUUUCUUCUGCUUUGGGUAUGGGAUCUUCCAUGCCACCUUCCUGCUGCGCCAGCACCUCCUUUUCUUAAUCAUCUUGAUAGCUGCUACAACCCUCACCCAGAAGGAGGCUUCUCCUGUUUGAGUCACCCUGGACCUGGUGCGGUGCCAAAACUGAAUGAUCUGACCCGAAGAACUCUUUAAUUUGCAGGAAUCUGGGGGGCUCCCGUAGUGCUAGCAAGAGUUCCCCUGGGGCCAACACAACACUAACAGGACCAACUUUGAGAGGUGCUUGAAUGCAAUUGGACGUUGUGGGACCUACGAAACUGGCAUCAGUUCCUCAGGGCCUCCUGGCUGUGGGAGACAUUGGAACUACGGUGGCUGCAUUGGGACCUAUGAGCGAUGGGGGCCAGGGCACUCAGAUGAUUAGAUUGAAACGGUCCAGUCCCGAAAUGGAAAUCCCAAUUGCGAUGGGCUCAACCACUUGAGAGGUAAAAACUACGGCGACUCAGCUGGGACAUUUUCAGUAGAGCGGUACAUUUUAGAAUUUGUUUGCUGCUCUUUGAGCUGCUUAAAAGGCUUCCUGGCCAGGACAUGUAAGGCGAAAGAGCUACAAUGUGUCAGUGCUACAGUGAUGCAUCCCCCCCCUUUUUUUUUUUCUCUUUGCUCUGUAAUUUGGGGCAGCUGUAAAGGACAGAGAGUGAGGGCCGAGGCCUCUUGCACAUUCCUUUAAUGGCGAGCUGGGCUAAGAGAUAUGGAAGUCAGAUCUUUGACUGCUGGCUACCUGUGGCUUUUGGAGAACUGUUAUUGAAUGGCCAUUACCAUUCACCGUGGCCUGGGUGCUCCAGACUCCUCCUCCUUCCAAGCACUUCCCCCCCCCCCAUCCUCAUGUCCUUUAGUACCAUCCAGAGUUGGACUAAAUGAUCCUACCCCCACAGCUCUGUUUUCUGUGACCGGCUGCAAUCCUGAGAUCCAGAAGCCUUGCAUCAAGAGAAUAUUGGGUAUCCCAUUGCGGCACUUUUUUUUUUUUUACCUUCCCUCCAGCCUACUUCAUGUGAUUCCACCCUUUUUUAUUUUUUUAUUUGCACAUUCCUCGAUGGAGGAACUUCCCUCUCUUGCCCCUCCAAGAACCAGACCUCCACUCGGGGGGUGGGGCUGAGGGACUCCCAUCUGACCUGUCCUGUCACUGCAUUGUGUCUGUUUUAAAAACCCCUUUCCCAUCAUGCACUGAGACUGCCGUCCUUCACCCACGCAUGCAGGGGCUGGGGGAGUGGAAUCCCUGUCUCUGAUUCAUUGCUGGCUGGCGGCGGCUUGAUGUGGGACAGCUAAGCCCGUUUCUCCUCCCUGCAAUUCCCUCUUACGUUUGUUUUUCCUCAUGGCUUCAAGGUCAACCUCAUUUCGGUGUUCUGUCUUAAUUCUCCUACUCGGUUGUCCCCCUUCCAAGAACUUGCUCUUGUGAUAGCCAGUUUUUUUGGGGGAGGGGGUCUUGCUUUUCCUAUCAGGGAUAGGGAACCUGUGCCCCUCUGGCUGUUGUUGCUGGACUUGAGUUCCCAUCGCCCUGGCCGCUAACUGUGCUGGCUUGGAGGCUGAUAGAGCCACAGGUUUCCCACUUUUGGUGGGAAGCUUGGUUUCAGCUCUGUUUUAGAUAGGGAGGUGGCCUUGGCAGUACGAGAUGGGGACUCGGGCUUGCUUCUGUGCCUCACUUGGCUUUUGUCAGUGAAGUAUUGUUUUUAAGUCCCUCCCCUCCACACACCCCUGGCUUUGAGCUUGUGGUCCCACACUGGUUGCUGUUGGCAGCUUUGUAUAUAAGAAUUACUUCAUGUGUACAUAGAGCUAUUUAAAAACCGCUGUCCUCUAGCUCUCUCUCCAUCCCACCUGCCUGUGUGCCGGCACCUGGACUCUUCCUCUCCUCUCUCUUCCCCUUCAGCCAUGCUGAAAAUGCUCUCUCGCUCUCCUUGGCCUCCGUGCAGGCCAAAGGAGGAAUGAAGAAACGAUUGGAUGGUUGUAAAUAAAGUAAGAGAUUCCAUGUG